AUGGAGUCUUCGUAUCAGAGUGCUCCGCCGCCGCCUCCCCACGGCGGAGACUCCCGGCCGUCGCUCGGAUUCCCCCUCGGCACCGCCCUCUUAUUGGUCGUAAUUUUCAGCCUCAGCGGGAUAUUCUCCUGCUGCUAUCACUGGGAUAAGCUCCGCCGCUCGCUGUCCCUCCACGCCGCCGCCGCCGAUCUGGAGUCUGGCGACGAUCUCAGCCCCUCCAAGCCCAAAACUCCCCUAAUGGAUUUGAAACAGCAAGCGGAUCAGAGUUUACCUGUUAUAAUGCCCGGGGAUAAUGUUCCGAAAUUCAUAGCUCUGCCCUGUCCGUGUGAACCGCCGCGGCAGGGGAAGAUGGCAGACGCCUAUGUGCAGAAACCGCCGCCAAAGCCGCCGCGGAUCGCCGUGUCUUUGUAUUGA